CUGCAGUUCCUUCGACCUUUUAGAAGCGUGCCUUUGCCUUUCAAUUAUUCUGUCUCUAGUUUCAUUGGCACGGCAUUAUUCCCCCGCCAAGAGCACCUCUUUCCGCCCUCGCUCCAACCACACUCUUCCAUCAUGACGGAAACAGCAUCGCCAUCAUCCCCAAUUCCGAUCGUAGACUUCGGAAAGUUCCUCACGGGCACUGCGGAGGAGAGGAAAGCAGUAGCUUCCGAAAUCGACGACGCCUUUCGCGAUGUCGGCUUCGUGUAUCUCAAGAACCAUGGCGUUGACAAGAAGAGGGUAGAUGAGUGCUUUGAAUGGUCCUCCAAAUUCUUCGCCCUCCCCACCGCCACCAAGCUCCUCGCCCCGCACCCCCCAGGCGGCUCGCACCACCGCGGCUUCUCAGGCUUAGGCCUCGAAAAAGUAUCCCAGCACGUCUUCUCGCCCGCCGAGCUCGCCGCGCUCCGCGCCGUGCCCGACGUCAAAGAAAGCUUCGAGUCCGGCAACCCAACCGACGCCGCCCAGCCCAACAUCUGGCUGCCCGAGCCCGCGCUGCCCGGCUUCCGCGCCUUCAUGGAGAGCUUCUUCGCCGACUGCGCGGGGCUGGUGCACCGCGUGCUCGACGCGCUGAGCCUGGCGCUCGCGGUGCCCGCGCCGGGCCUGAGCCCCACGCACAGCGAGAGCCUGUUCCAGCUGCGCCUGCUGCACUAUCCCGCGCUGCCGAAGCGGCUGCUGCAGGAGGAGCGCAAGAGCCGGAUCGCGGCGCACUCUGAUUUCGGCACGCUGACGCUGCUGUUCCAGGACGCGGUCGGGGGGCUGGAGGUGCAGGACCCCGCGGCGCCGGGGACGUUUAGGCCUGCGCCGCCGGUUGAGGGCGCCGUGCUGGUGAAUGUGGGGGAUUUGAUGGAGCGGUGGAGUAACGAGCGGUGGCGGAGUACGGUGCAUCGGGUGGGUGCGCCGCCGGCAGUCCCGGGAAGUGGGGAAGGGGGAGAGGAGGAGAUGUGUAGGCCGCGGUAUUCGAUUCCGUUCUUUGCGACGGCGGAUAUGGAGACGGUGAUUGAGGCGCUGCCGGGGUGCUGGGGGGAGGAUAGGCCGAAGAAGUUUGAGCCUGUGACGGCGUGGGGGUAUGUGCAGAUGCGGAUGGCGGCGUUGUACUCGUGAGGGUGUUGGUUUGGGGAGGUAUGGUUGACGGGAUUUUUACCUACUUGCGCCCUCACUCCCCAAAAGACCCGGAAGCUUCCCCCUGUUCUAUACCUCAUAUUCUCAGGGCUGCGAAGCGGGUCAUAGAAAUGGGUAUUACCGUCCAAUACAAUAAGAAGUAAAACGAUAGCUGGCUCGUGCGACUUGAGAUUGAUUCUGGC